CCCUCCAAGAGGCAAAUACACUGGAGAAGUCAAACUGUCGGUGCGCUUCUCUGCCACCUGACCACCAGUUGCGAUUUCAAAUUAUCCAGAACAAGGUGCGAGCUUUUUUUUUUUUUUGUUACGUGUGUUCCCAUGACUGCGUAAUGUGUUCUCGCGGUGCAUUGCUGCUUCUUUGUUGCUUGUUCCUGACGCUGGCCGGUCACCGUUGCGAAGAAAAUUUCAAAGCCGUCACGGAGGAGAACGCGCUAGCAAAAUUGGUCAAAAUGUUCUCCAAACCUGGAGCGUUCAAACGAAUUAAUGCGAUAUUCGGUGAAAAUUCGAUCGAGGAGUCGUCUUGCCCAAAAGGCGAGGAGGGCCUCGAAUGCAGAAGAGCCGAGGCCAGACGUUCCGUUGACUGUCCCGAAGGCGACUGUUACUGCUACAAUUGCGCCGCGGCUGGUCCUGAAUUAUGGGCAUCCUGCUGCCGUGAAAGCUUGCGGUGCUGUUCACAUCUCGCGGCGGCCUGUCGAACUUGCGACCAUCCGACGUUGUAUCCGUUUUGCUCGAAGCACUUUAAAAAAUGUCUGGUCGAAUUCAACGAGAAAAAGCAAAAUUAACAUCCGUUUCCCUGUAACGAUAUAUUGACAUAAUCCUCGUUUCUUGCGUCGCGUUCAACUCAAUAUGAAAAAAAAAAAACAGUUUCGUAAAUAGUUUCGCGAACCACUCUACACAAACGAUACUGUCCAAGCUUCGAACUAAAAAUAAUAGAGAGAAUAUUAUGACAAACGAGACGAUACGUUGCCUACGUGGAUGCUACAACCGUGACCGUUUGUACGCGUGAUACAUAUUCACGGAACAAGAAAACAAAGAAAAAAAAAAAAAAAAAAGAAAAGAAGAAAAGAACAGGAAUUGAAGUUCGUAGAAAACGAAUAGCGAAGAAGGAGUGAACUUCACGUCGGCUAACCGAAUCGGUAUCGUAUGUAUCUUGCAUAAGUUGAAAGUUUUACGCCGAGUUUCUAAAUAUAGCGCUUAUCUUUUAACUCGCUAAACUGGUCCCUCGAGAGUCUCAAUUUUUUUUGCCACGUUACAUUUCGUUCGACUAGGACGCAGCGCAAGAAACGAGAGGAAAUGUGCCGCGAUAAAAUCGUACCUGAGCUUCGCUUCGUUUUCGUUGUUAUUCGCGUUG